AUGACGCCACGAGGUCAGUGCGAUGAUGCGUAUAAUCCUACCAUUCGUGGCUGGUUUUAUUGUUUGAAUAAAACAAUCUACCAUUCGCGUUGUGUUCAGUUCGUAGUGAUGCAGAUUGACUGGGUACACUCACAGAUACCUAGGAUGGACAAUUUGAAUUUCGAUAAUUAUGUACGCAGACGGACAUUACAUAGAGGCCUCUGGUAUGGCUCGAUGUUUAUCGCAUCUAUGAUGGUGGUUCGCAUCGUGGAUGAACCGACAAUCGCUCAAAUGCGAAGGAAUGAAAAUGGCGGUGACGUAAAUGCUUUGGACUGGAGUUGGUUAGACACGUCGAUUCAAGCUGUUGGGAGAAGUCUUCACGUUGGUGGAACUACGAAAACUAUUAGGGAGUACCUUGAAAAGAGGAUGUCUGUGUCAUGUUAUAUUCCGACAACACCCGUGUUCAACACAGGAACGUUAAUGAAACCGUCCGUUCGUCAAGAGAAGCAGUGCGAACAGAGGUUACCAUCGGCCGUGAUUGCUGGCGUAAAAAAGUGCGGCUCAGGCCCGUUAUUUAAAUUCCUGAAAAUACACCCAGAAAUCGUCGGUCCCCCUGGUGACUUGAAGUACUUUGAUGGUUUGCAUAAUCUCUCUGAUACUAAAUGGUAUAUUGAUAGAAUGCCGUAUUCAACCAAGAAACAAGUCGUCCUAGAUAAGGAGGUAACUGCUUUUCAAUCACCCCAUCAUGCUCCACAAUAUAUUCGUGAAAUUCUUACCCCUAAUGUGAAAAUAAUAUUCAUUCUCUGUGACCCUGUCGAGAGAAUGUUAUCUGAAUACUUCGACGUGUGGGCUCAACGAGACGAACAGACUCAAUCAGGACAGAGUACUAAAAACCUCGCCACAAGGUUCCAAGAUUCUGUACUGGAACGGACGCAAAUAAAAAAUACGGAGGAGCGUAACAACUUCUUAGACAAGAGUAAUUAUAUACAACACGUGAUACGCUGGCUGGAACCGUUCUCAUCAACUAAUCUACAUUUUGUUGACGGUGAACUCUUUAAAACCGACCCGGGAUCCGAGCUACAGAAAAUUGAGCAAUUUCUCGGUAUAAAGCUAUUUUUCGAGACGGAUAAUUUUUACUACGAUCCGGACAGAGGGUAUUCGUGUAUGAAAUACCCCCAUCCAUUCUGUUUCUCUACACGACCCCAGCACCCACCUCUGGACGAAUGGGUUGAGGAAAGAAUGUGUGAGUUUUACAAACCAUUUAAUGAAGGUUUGGCGAUAAUGUUGAAUAGACGUUUUGCGUGGAUGGAUUACUGCUAAUAAUUACUGCCGACGAUUUAAGAACACGAAUUUACGGUCUACUUAAAAUUUCGGUUAUUUCAGAUAGGCCAUUAGAAACUAUGUGAAGACGAUAUCCGACUGUAAUGUCGUGCCCUUCACUCAAGUUUAGAGAUUGUUUCCCAGGAUGGUGAUGCUGCUUUGUUCUCCUUUACAUAUGCGUACGUGUGUUUUCACCUCUCUCUAUAUAUAUUGUUUGUCACUGUCCUGGCAGGAUUUGGUUUUUGAUUAGUCCCCGUACUGGCCCUCCCAAAUGUAUUACCUCUUUCUGAGUUUCUAAUGGUCCUACUCCAUUGUUUUGAGAUACUGCCCACGGGCAGCUGACGUGUGUGCUCUUAAGUUGUUAUAUAAAUCCCCUUCUUCCUAAACUCCUAUACACAUACGCCAUAUGACAGUGCGUACCGUAUACGCGGGCCACACAAUUUAUACCCAAACACACUACGCUUUACCUGCUUUACAUUCGACAUCUCAUUUACGUUUUUAAUGGAAUGCAAUUUGAUAACUACAUAAGUUGUACAAUUUAGACGGACACAAAUAACUAAUCACGAUGUACAAUCACGGUAUUCUAAUUAAUUCGUGCGUACAUCGGUAAUAUGAAAUAUACCAUUAUGUGUGAAAUAUGAUUAAUAUUGAUCUAUUUGAUCUACGUCUAUUUUUUCUCAUCCAUGGUUUUGAUAUGGAUGAUUACACAUGGCGUAUAAUAUAGGUAUCACACCAUUAUUAUGCCGCAGUGUCAACCUGUAAGUUUAUUAUUAUUAGUAAGUUAGUUGGUUUGGUAAACUAUGUUAGCUGUGGACGAAUAAUGAAUGACGACUGUUCAAGGAAUUCAAGACUUGAUUUUCUGUUAUACAAAAAAAAAUAUGUGAGACCGUUUGCAUGUAUACAUUGUGUAGAUAUAGAAGCAACUAAAUCGUCAACCAAGUUCUGACCUUUUUUCAACUAAUAAGUUAAUUUUAUAUAUAUAUAUAUAUCAUAUAAUGUACUUGGAAGUGUUUUGUGAUAGUAUUUUGAAUAAAUGGACUGAAGCAU